CACGUUUUGAUACGGAAGUAGCUAACUAUCAAGCUAACUCUAGCUCGUGGAGUUUGAUAAAUAGCUAGCUAAUCAUUUAUGUUUUUUUUUUUAAAACGAGGCAGUUAUAGUUCUAUAACAUGGCAGUGAGCGCAGUUCACCUCGAAUCAGAUGCCUUUUUGGUUUGCAUGAGUCAUGCAUUAAGUACCGAGAAGGAGGAAGUAAUGGGACUCUGCAUCGGAGAGGUGGAUAACAACCGCAUCGUCCACAUUCAUUCUGUUAUUAUUCUCCGACGCUCAGACAAGAGGAAGGAUCGCGUGGAAAUCUCGCCUGAGCAGCUAUCUUCAGCGGCUACCGAAGCUGAGAGGUUGGCUGAAAUGACUGGACGGCCGAUGCGUGUAGUUGGUUGGUACCACUCUCACCCCCACAUCACUGUGUGGCCAUCACAUGUGGAUGUAAGGACACAGGCCAUGUACCAAAUGAUGGACCAGGGCUUUGUUGGGCUGAUAUUCUCCUGCUUCAUUGAGGAUAAGAACACAAAAACCGGUCGAGUUCUCUACACCUGCUUCCAGUCUGUGCAAGCCCAGAAAGGCUCUGAGUACGAGAGAAUCGAGAUCCCAAUUCAUGUGGUUCCGCACGAGGCCAUUGGGAAAGUGUGCCUUGAAUCAGCAGUGGAGCUCCCAAGAAUCCUCUGCCAGGAAGAGCAGGAUACCUACAGAAAGAUUCAUAGCUUAACUCACCUGGAUCCGAUCACGAAGAUACACAAUGGUUCAGUGUUCACUAAGAACCUGUGCAGUCAGAUGUCUGCUGUGAGUGGUCCCCUGCUGCAGUGGCUGGAGGACCGUUUGGAGCAGAACAGACAGAGCGUCAUUGAGCUGCAGCUGGAGAAGGAGAGACUAACUCAGGAGCUGGCAACCAUGUGAGGGAGAGGUAAGGAAAAUACUAAUGUUUCUGCAGUGCCAUACACCUUCUCACACGAGGACAAAUGACUAAGGGAAUCUCAUCAUGGCUAACUGAACUGUGGACGUGAAAUUUAAACCACCAUCUACCUGAAUCUUUCUCCAUCUGAACAAAGUUUUCGCUCUGAACACUUGUCUUUGCCUCCCAAUGCCACCACACACCUUAGGGGGUGUUUUCCUGUUAGGUCAUGCUCUGUGUACUACUAAACGCUAUACUGUAUUUUCAAGAACAUUGUCACUCCCAGACUAAAAUGUAGUUUUUAAAAUUCACUUUAGUUCCUUGGCACUGAGCAUUUGAUGCGUUUUUCAUUUUCAUCAACCUAUAUUUAUGUUUUGAAUGGAAGGUACAAUGGACCUUGAGCAUGAAAGGAUGUCCCUAUGUGAAUUGACAAUUUUUAAAAUGUGACGUAGUAUAUCCAGGUAUUUGCUUAUUCAAGUAUUUUAUGUUUCAUGCUUCUUUAUUUGUGCUCUAAGUCAUCUCCUUUGACACAUAUAUCUGAUUGCUUGUAGUUAUGAAUGUUUUCAUGAGUUAGUUCAUGGAAAUGUAUUGCUAUUCCAAACCAUUAACCUGAUCAGCUCCUGCAGAGUUUGAGUUCUAUGUGAGACUUUUGGUCAGAAAAGCUCAGAAUAUGUUGGUUCUCUUAGAAUGGCAGUACGAGAGGCGGUUUGUAAUUAAGUAUUUCAUAUGAGGGAGGGGUGGUGGAGGAGUUGGGAUAUUACUCUGUUUGGUUAAUACAGCAUUUUUAGCUAAACGACGUCUACAUGUCAAUUUAUGUCUGUAUUUUGGUGGAAUCAUCUUAGCUUAUUUAGCAGCCAAUUGCAUAGUCAUCGUUGUGCCUUGUUAUGCUUGUAUGGGUUCUGUUUGAGGGAUUAAACAGCCCCCCCCCACCGA